GUAGCCUCUGCGGUCGAAGCAGUAUUGGCAUGUUCAGAUUUGGUGGCUUUCCAUCAGCUAAUAGUGUAUGUUCCCCAUGCAGUACACGCUUUGUUAAUGCAGUCAAGGACAGCUCAUCUUAGUGCUGCCCGAUCACUGCAUUGGCAAAAUGUCCUACUCACAAUGUCAAAUGUAACAUUGAAAAGGUGCACUGUGUUAAAUCCAUCUACACUGCUACCAACUGAAGAAGAUGGGGAACCCCAUGAUUGUACUCAAGUGGUAGAAAUAAUGACAAGACCACGUCUCGAUUUACUAGACACACCAUUACCAAAUCCUGAAUUGGUUUAUUUUGUGGAUGGAUCGUGUCUCCGAAAUCCACAUACAGGAUUGCUUUCGGCGGCAUAUGCAAUUUGCACAAAAUUGGACAUCAUUGAAACUGGAUGUUUGCCACAAAAUCAUUCGGCUCAAGCAGCAGAACUUGUAGCACUUGCGCGCGCGUGUGAAUUGGCCAAGGGCCAUUCGGUCACUAUAUAUACCGACUCACGUUAUGCAUUCGGUGUAUGUCAUGACCAUGGGGCAGUUUGGAAAAAUCGGGGUUUUCUCACUGCUAACGGAAAACCGGUGGCACAUUCAAAAUUGAUUGAUAAAUUACUCGAGAAUUUGUUGAUGCCAAAAGAAAUUGCUAUUUGCAAAUGCGCAGCACAUAUGAGAACCGGGGAUGAGGUAUCAAAAGGUAACAAUUUUGCUGACUCAGUAGCGAAAAACACAGCGCUGACAGGAUGCAGACUGACUGACUUUAUAGGUUUUGCAUCCCUUUCUACCGACAGUAUACAAGUACCACCGUCAUUAACCGAAAUUCAGAGACUGGGUACAAAUUGGGAAUUAAAGAAAUGGUCAGAGAGGGGAGUAAAAAAUGACGAAGGUGUCUGGAAUGAUACUAGAACAAACAAACCAUUUCUACCUAAACAAUUAUACCCUAAUUUUGCUAAUUGGGCUCACGGAUUGGACCACGCCUCGAAAGGGGCUAUGAAUGAUCUGAUAAGUACAUCCUGGGUGGCUCCAGGAUUUACAUCAGUGGCAGAAAAAUUCUGCCGAAGUUGCCAUAUUUGUGCAGCAAAUAAUGUGGGAAGACAGAGUAAAAAAGCUAUUUACUCUGCCCACCCCACACCUGAUCUUCCUUUUCAGCAUCUACAGAUGGACUUCAUUGAAUUGACGCCUUGUCAAGGGUAUAAAUAUUGUCUUGUGAUUGUUGACAUGUUUUCAAAGUGGGUUGAGUGUUUCCCAUGCAGGAAAGCUAAUGCUGCGGCUGUAGCAAAAGCUCUGAUAAGAGAGGUAAUUCCCAGAUGGGGGGUACCUGAAAAAUUGUCUAGUGACAAUGGAACUCAUUUUGUAAAUAAAGUAAUAACUGAAUUGGCAAAAGGACUUCAAAUAAAUUUGAGGAAACACUGCUCUUACAGGCCACAAGCAGCAGGGGCAGUAGAGAGGCUGAAUCAGACAAUAAAAAACAAAUUGUGUAAAGUUAUGGCUGAGACUGAAAUGACGUGGGUUCAGGCUCUGCCCAUUGUUUUAAUGGCCAUAAGGGCCCGAAAAGGGACGAGGACAACCCUCAGCCCACAUGAAAUUCUUACAGGUCGGCCCAUGCGAGUAGGAAUCGAACCUCCUCCCCAGGAGGGUUUGGCGGGAGUAGAUGAGCAAAUGAGAAAAUAUAUACUGUCACUAACCAGAACUAUCAAAACAAUUCAUUCCCAGGUCAAAGCUGCUUUGCCGGUUCCAGGAACGGAAACACAGCACUGUUACGAGCCAGGACAGUGGGUCUGGAUCAAGGAUCACAGACGUAAGGCGUGGAACAACCCGAGGUGGCUGGGUCCAUAUGAGAUUAUUCUAACAACAAAUACAGCAAUCAAGGUUGCUGAGCGUGACGCCUGGGUUCACGUGUCACAUUGUAAGCCCCACCAACCGCCAUCAACUGAAAAGUAAGGGAAAAAAGGACGUGCUGGUUAACGUACCUCCCUUGCCGCCGAGGGAAAGACCCUUCUACGGCUCGCAAAGAGUCAUAAGGGUGAAGAUGGAGCGUUUCAGACGUCUGUGGGGCCAACGGGACGACCAGUACAGCUGGGAGCGAAUGUGGUUAAACAAGGUGUUCAAGUACAGUAUGUGUGUUGUUAUAUGCUCAAGUAUGUUGAUGUUGAUAUUAUUUCUGUUUCUCUUUGAAUUUCCUCUAGGAUGUGACCAAAGUAGGAAGAGAAGGGAAGCUUUGCCUGUUCAUCGUGACUACUCAUCUGACACUGACAAGAAUCACUAUGGGUUAAAUUUGUUCUGGAAAUAUGCUAAUUACACAGCUAAGAAACUCGCACCUAACAAAAAUUGUUAUGUCUGCGCCCAUGCCUCCUUCUCUGCCGCUUAUCCAUAUCCUCUGUUGCCAGAGCCAGUAGAGGGUCACCAAUUGAAGUGUAUCCUGUCUCAGAUAGCUGGGCCGGGAUCAGUAUGUUCUCGGGAAAUUUUCCGUAGAAGAUUUCCUCCCGAUUGUUAUAACGUAACUGUCCCAGUACCAAUUCUUUCUCUCUCUACCGAAGGGAAGAAAAGGAUCUGGCCUUUGCCAGACCAGAAAUUUAAAGAGUGUUACAGGUCAAGAAAGGGAAAUAAAUUCAUGGGGAUCCUGAAGGGAUGUGAGACAAUCCAUAAUGUUAGCUGUUAUGAUCCCACAGGUAUGAGUGAGUAUCUUGCAGGAGGAGCUUACCUCAUCCUGGACCACUACUGGUUGUGCGGUCAUACUGCAUAUCCCAGUCUGCCUGUAUCAUGGCAUGGUCUCUGUGCUUUAGUUCAGCUAAGAGCAAGAAUUAGAGUUGGCUAUGUGGGGAAAGAAAACAAAAGAGGAACCAGAGCUUUAAAAACGAGGGAUGACACUUGGUGGAGACAUGACAUUUCUGACAUACCUGAAGAGAGCCGUGUAAUUUCCAGAACAUCUCAGUUUUGGAAGGCUUUCCUCAUCCAUAAUGCUGUAACUGACUCAAUGAACUGGAUAAAUAGAAUCCAUUAUGAAUUAUUCCGAUUUGCAAAUGACACCCAACUAGUCUUAGAACUCUUGAAAAAUGAAGUGGGGGCCCUCAGGCAAAUGACUCUGGAGAACAGAAUGGUAUUGGAUAGAAUUCUUGCGGAGGAAGGGGGAGUUUGUGUUAAACUUGGAAAAGAAUGUUGUACUUUCAUUCCAGCCUAUGAUGAGGAUGGGAGUUCCAUCUCAAAAGUACUGGACGAUAUGAGAAAGGUGCGGGACGAUCUGUGGCAGGAUGAACAGGCAAAGAACAAACCAGUAGAAUGGGACUUAGAUUGGAUCACUGAUGCCUUCCGCAAUGCUUUUGGUAAUAUUUUCGGACCGCUAUUAAAGCUUUUGUUGCCAGUAAUUGCUGCCUUGCUCAUGGCAGCAAUUAUUAUUGGAUGUUUGAUUAAAUGUAUCCGAGCUUGUCUAGAAAGGUUCAUCAGAAGCAUUGUUUGGGGAGGCAUUGGGAGGAGAGAUAAUGAAGAGGAGGGAGAAAGAGAAGGUGGAUAUGAGCGGUUGCACCCGACUAAUCGGGGUUCAUUGCCCCUGAUAAAUGUAAGACGGUUGAGCCCGAUUGAGCAAGCAGAGGCUCAAUACCGUAAUUUUGCUAUUAUACGGGGUCUGCCAAAUGCAGAUGCUCAAAAUCAGCCAGUCAGGAAUCAAUAAUUUGAUACUUUCUCAGAAUUAAGAUGAUGAUCUGGCAGUUUUAAAAUUUUCUUUGUGUGGUCGUGACAAUUUACGACCAGAGAGGGGAAUGUUAUAGAAAUUUUAACAUUCAAAGUUUAAUUAUGUUAACUAACCCUAAAGUUCUGAUUUUAUAUUUCUAACAUGUGAUAAAACCUAUCAUACUUCCACUUCUUUGUCUCAAGGUGACUAAACUUUCUAAUCUAGAUCUAACAAUAAAAAAAGAUGAAUCUUAGUUCCUUCUAUUUAGGAUGUAGCCAUGAGACGAACUUUCAAUAUGAACUAACCAUCAAACUACUUUUUGACUUAAUGUAACCUUGUUCAAGAUAGCUUUGACAAUGAAUUGAACGUUCUGUUCUUUUACUUUAUUAGGACGUGAUUUACUGAAAUGUUAACCCCUUACUAACUGUUUUUGAGGAUAUAGGAUAUUUUGCUGACGUCACUAACAAAGGAUGAUGAGAGGAUGGGGCUUGUUUUAAACAGUGUAACCAAUCAUAUUGAAUGAGUGUGACAUUUACAGUCAUAAUGAAAUAAGUAGUCAUGAUGAUUCUUUUUUUAAUGUGUCUGGCAUUAUCAUAUAAAACAUGUGUACUUCUUCUUUGAAGUUGAGAUUCUCUGAGAACUGCUCGAGAACUCCCAGCUGAAAUAAAGAGCAUCUGAAGGACAUUUGCUGAAGUCUGUCUGUCAUUUAUGCUGCGCAGCAAAAACAAGUCAAAGCUGCUUUGCCGGUUCCAGGAACGGAGACACAGCACUGUUAUGAGCCAGGACAGUGGGUCUGGAUCAAGGAUCACAGACGUAAGGCGUGGAACAACCCGAUGUGGCUCGGUCCGUAUGAGAUUAUUCUAACAACAAAUACAGCAAUCAAGGUUGCUGAGCGUGACGCCUGGGUUCACGUGUCACAUUGUAAGCCCCACCAACCGCCAUCAAGUGAAAAGUAAGGGAAAAAAGGACGUGCUGGUUAACGUACCUCCCUUGCCGCCGAGGGAAAGACCCUUUUACGGCUCGCAAAGAGUCAUAAGGGUGAAGAUGGAGCGUUUCAGACGUCUGUGGGGCCAACGGGACGACCAGUACAACUGGGAGCGAAUGUGGUUAAACAAGGUGUUCAAGUACAGUAUGUGUGUUGUUAUAUGCUCAAGUGUGUUGAUGUUGAUAUUAUUUCUGUUUCUCUUUGAAUUUCCUCUAGGAUGUGACCAAAGUAGGAAGAGAAGGGAAGCUUUGCCUGUUCAUCGUGACUACUCAUCUGACACUGACAAGAAUCACUAUGGGUUAAAUUUGUUCUGGAAAUAUGCUAAUUACACAGCUAAGAAACUCGCACCUAACAAAAAUUGUUAUGUCUGCGCCCAUGCCUCCUUCUCUGCCGCUUAUCCAUAUCCUCUGUUGCCAGAGCCAGUAGAGGGUCACCAAUUGAAGUGUAUCCUGUCUCAGAUAGCUGGGCCGGGAUCAGUAUGUUCUCGGGAAAUUUUCCGUAGAAGAUUUCCUCCCGAUUGUUAUAACGUAACUGUCCCAGUACCAAUUCUUUCUCUCUCUACCGAAGGGAAGAAAAGGAUCUGGCCUUUGCCAGACCAGAAAUUUAAAGAGUGUUACAGGUCAAGAAAGGGAAAAAAAUUUAUGGGGAUCCUUAAGGGAUGUGAGACAAUCCAUAAUGUUAGCUGUUAUGAUCCCACAGGUAUGAGUGAGUAUCUUGCGGGAGGAGCUUACCUCAUCCUGGACCACUACUGGUUGUGAGGUCAUACUGCAUAUCCCAGUCUGCCUGUAUCAUGGCAUGGUCUCUGUGCUUUAGUUCAGCUAAGAGCAAGAAUUAGAGUUGGCUAUGUGGGGAAAGAAAACAAAAGAGGAACCAGAGCUUUAAAAAUGAGGGAUGACACUUGGUGGAGACAUGACAUUUCUGACAUCCUUGAAGAGAGCCGUGUAAUUUCCAGAACAUCUCAGUUUUGGAAGGCUUUCCUCAUCCAUAAUGCUGUAACUGACUCAAUGAACUGGAUAAAUAGAAUCCAUUAUGAAUUAUUCCGAUUUGCAAAUGACACCCAACUAGUCUUA